UGUCAUGAUUUGUCCGGUCCGAUCAGCCGUCUCUGUGAUCUGCUAAUCGGGAAUCGACUGUGCGAUAAUAAAUGUAAAAAAAAAAAAAAAUACACUUAGAGGAUAUGACAGGUUAUAUCAUGCCUGAGGUUUAUUUUAAGUAAUGUGCAAUAAAAUCUCUCACUUAUUAUAAUGCAAUUGUAUGCAGCACGUUAGGGUUUGUUUGUGUGUUUGUGUGUCUGUGUGUCUGUGUGUGUGUGUGUGUGUGUGCAGCAGCUAGAUAGUCGCUGUCUCUACCUACAGUGCACAUCCCUCCCACUGCAGCCUGGUAGCCUAUCACAUGUAAGACUGCACACACACACACAGCUCCAGGUUAGUGUUUGGUAAUGUUGCGUUAGGUGGAAAAUAUGCGGUGUUGCCCUUCUAGACAAAUUAAAUGCCGUGUUGUGAAAUAUUCUCCCCCCCUCUCUUCUUCCCGUGUCUCAAUCCCACAGACCGUGCUCUUCAAUCUGCUGCUCUGUCUGCUCAUAUUUUACUCUCUUUUCUACAUGAUUGGGAGUGUGUGCUUCGGUGCCUUCAGGUUGGAUCACUUUGACGGACUGAUUCCAUUCGACUUUAAGACCGAACCCACUGAAUCUAACUCCAAAUACUUGGUGAACCUCCUGUCCUUGGAGCUCACCUACUUUUGCAGCGGCCUUUUGUUUGCUGCAGUGGUGCGGAGGCGAGUCUGGGACUACGCCUUCACUGUUACACUUCUGCAUGUAAUGAUCACCAGCCUAGUGAUGUUGGAGUUUCCCAUGGUGUGGCAGUGGUGGCUGGCUUUAGGUAGCGGCUUGUUUCUGAUGAUCUGUAAUGGUCAGCUCAUAGCUUACUUCACCUGCCAGAGCGACCAGAGCUUCGCCUCCUUCAGCAUCUACUGACAGACCGAAAACUACUCUGUGUACAAAACUCUGUUUCACAAACAGUCGGGUGAAGUGAGGUAGAAAGGAUUAGACCAGAUGCUCUCUUCCUGGAGACACCCAUUAGAUUCUCCACGGUAAUGGGCUUUUUCUGUUUGUCACUAAAAAAAGACUGCUUACCAUUACACUCAGUCAGAGCUGGGUCCAAUUUGUGUUGUUCAAGGAGAUGUUGUCUGUACUUUGCUUCUGAUGCACUGUGCCGGAUUUUAAGGCACCCCGUGAGGUAUUUUCAGUACUUUUGUAAGCUGUGAAUGUAAUGGCAGAAUGGGCAAGUUGCAAUACAUGUUUGUUGUAUGUGUUAAAGACGUACAUGUAAAGUGUUUCAAAAUAAAAGUGCUUUAGACUGA